AUGAUACCAAGAGCCUUACCAUACGUUAAUUUCUUCGUCGCCUCUUCGGCUCUACUGUUUCAAACUACUGUCUUGUAUCCCUGGCACCAUAUACUAAGCGAUGAUUUCGAACAUAUGAAAGCAGAACAAGCCCGCCAACUAGCAGAGUAUCACAAGGAGAAAAGACAGUUAUUAGAUGCGUUACACCUCAAAGUCGAAGAUUUGGCGAGAACGGUAGCGCCUGAAAAGUUCAGAGAAGCGGGAACUAGAUUAGUUGAUUCUGCAAAAGUGGAUCUAGAUAAUUUAAGGAUAAACAAAUGA